GGGCGCCCAAUAUUCCCUGUGGACGUUGCCAUAAAAUCAUUCUUCAAUUCCGGAGGGGAUCGUCGCCCCUUACCCAUUCCUCCUGACGACACUCAGGGCUUCGUCAUGGAUUGCCUCCCAGAAGAGCUUAUCUCGUACAUCUUUGACUUCCUGCACGCCGAGGCCGCGCUCUCCUCCGCUAUGCUCGUCAGUCAGCGAUGGUACAUGUACGGUGCGCGCAACCUCCAUCACACCAUCGACCUCUGUAUAGGGCCCUCGGUCACUGUCAACUCUUGCGACGUCGCCGUCUGCUUCAUGAAACGCCUCGUAUCCUCUCCGCUCUCCAGCGCCCACCUUAUCCGCCAUCUCACCCUCUCCGGCUUCGCGCCUCUCGACAUCCAAGAACUCCUUCUCGAUAUCCUUGGCCGCACAACCCACCUCCGGUCGCUCAAUAUGCAUGCCCUCCACAUCCUCCAGGGCGGUUUGCAUUUCCCCCAGGAGAUCUUCUCCUCCCCCACCUUUCUCCCGAACCUUGUCGCGCUCAACGCGUCCUCCGCCCCCUUCAGCGUCUCCCUCGUCCAGACGCGACAAUACGUUGAGGCCCUACGCGUGCACGAGCCCAUGGACGACGCGCUCCUCCGCCGCCUCCUGGGCUCAGGUUUCACGCAAAAGGCGAAGUUGCUCGAGCUCGCACUAUCCGUUGACAGCACGGCGGCUGCUGUCGCACGCGUAGGCAUCCUCGCAUCCGCUCUCGCAGGAGGGCCCCUCUGCGCGCUCGCGCUCCAGUUCGACAUGGAUCGUCCGAAACAAGUAUCGUGGGAGGAGUUCGAGGGUUUGAUUACUGAGGUGGGACAACGCCUGCAGUGCCUGCAGAAUCUGCGAAGGCUGAGCAUUGUCACCCGCCCGGAUCCGCCCAUUGCUGUCACGGCAAGCGACAGGCUGACGGGAGACUCGCGCAGAGAAAUGAUGACAAGACAGCUCGCAGAGCGGUUGCUGACGGAUAGUGAGCUAUCGUCGUUAGAGCGCAUCGAGCUUCGCUGGCACGGCUGGAAAAUCCAGGACGGAAAGAUGGUGGCAGUCCCGCGAACGCAGCUGAUGCGAGGACCGCACAGGUGGCUAUUCGAAGCGCCCGGUUCUUCGCGAUAGAUAGUCACUGCUCCAGUGGAAGACGCGUUCUACUCGGGCAAUAGACUCCUUUCGCAAGCGGUUUCAGAACCGGCGAACCGGGCUUAUCAUUGUUGAGGAGCGGGCGAGGCGCCGCUCAGAACCGCUAGCGCAAAGACUCUAAUAUUGUACCUCUACGGACGAACGCUGGAGUAAGCCUUAGCUUCAUGGCCCCACGCUUGAGGCCGCUGUCCCGGCGGGAAUGGGCGAAUCGUUCAUGUGUGGCGAAGGUGGAGGGUUCUCUGUCCCAGGACACACAUACUGCCGCGUGUCAGGGUUGGAGUUACGUUCGCCCUUGUGAGAGGAAUGAACACUUGGGCACGGUCGACUUUCUGUAGACUUUCGGCUGUGUUCGCACUGACUUUACACCUUGA